CGUGGCCGUUCCCCAUGUUUUCCCACGUGAAUCCACCCUCUCCCUAACACCACUCGCUCGGGCAUCGCCAUCACUGUUGCGGCUCCGUGGCCCUCUCCACUGUUUCGUGCAGCGCAACCCGGCUCCCCGUCCCCUGCAUGCGCGACCUCAACGUCAUACUCGGUGAAGUUCUUUGACGCACCCCCAGCCAUGGCUGAAGUCAGUCGCAAGCGGGCCCUCGACGGCGACGGGCCUGGGCAUGUGCGCAAGAGGCUGCGACCGUCCGAACUCCCGCUGUCGCAGACAAAGCGGUCGGCCAUUGACAACCUGGUCCACACGUUCCGCAAGAAGGGCCACUACGACAGCAUCCGCAAGGAGUUACUGGCCCAGUUUGAAGCGAGCCCUGCCAAAGAUGAACUCCAUGCUGCCCUCAAAGACCUGGUCGACCGCGAGACUGAUCGCAACCCCUCUCUCCUAUCCAAAGACCCCCGCGUUGCCGCCACGCUCAUCGAAGGUGCGGGCGAGCGCGGCGACAUCUACGCGAACAUCACAAACACCGUCAGCACACUGCUCGACCAGCUGAUCCAGAAGGAGGGCCUGCCCAAGAUGCGGGAGUACCGAAUCCAGGAAGUUGGCGCCGAGGCUGCUGCUGAAGAAGAGAAGCAGGGGAGCAAGACCGAAGAGGAGUGGGCGCAGGAAGCUGAUGCUCGACGGCAACAGCGAGAGGCCAUACGUGAGAAGGAGCGCGAACAAGAGCUUGAGAGGGAGCGCGAAGAGCGGGCCCUGAAGGAGGAGCGCAGGCGGCGUGAGAAGGAAGAAGACGAGGCGCGCGAACAGGCCCGCCAGGAGGAGAAAGAGCGCAGACGCAAGGAACGGGAGGAGCAGGACAGAGAAGACGAAGAGCGCAGACGCAAAGACAGGGAGCGCCUUGACAAAGAAAAGGAAGAGGAGCGGGCCCGAUACAAAAAGGAGAGGGAGGAGCAUGAGGCGAACCGAGAAGCCCGCCUCAAGAAGAUCCGCGAAGAAGACCGCGAGCGAGAACGGCGCAUACAGCUCGAGUAUGAGCGAAGGAGCGGCGCACGUAGCCGGGGCAGUCGAGGCGGUCGCGCACGUAGCAGGACGCCCGACCGCGGCAGAGACCGAGACCGACACAGAGACAGGCGCAGGAGCAGAAGCCGAAGCAGAACGCGCUCACAGGAGCGUGUCAAGCCAGUCAACCCCGAAGACAUCAAAGUCGACGACGACCUAGCCCUCCAACUCCUCCUCCAAGAAAGCGAGCAGAUGAAAAAAUCCCGCCAACGCCCCGCCCUCGAGCGAUCAGGCUCCCUCGAGCCCCCGAUGCGCAAAGCCCAGCCCCCGAAAUUCCUCGUCCCAAGAGACCCCGUCGCCGCCCGCCUCGCCAAACUAGACACCAAAUCUCAAUCCCCAGCCAUCCCGUCGCCGAGCAAAGAACCCACAUCUCCGGACCUUAAAGAUGAAGACAAAGACACACCCAUGCACGACGCCCCGCCGGCGCUCGAAACCCCCCCCAAAUCCCGCUGGGACCAGCCCCCGCCCCUGAAAACAACACACUCGCGCGCCCGCUCCCGUUCCCGCAGCACAAGCUUCCGCAAACGCAGUCGCAGUCGUUCGGCCUCGCGCGGGAGCCGCUUCGACCGCCGCUCGUCCCGCAUCGAGGAUGACCGCCGCUCCCGCGCCCUGGAUGACAGACACUCGUACCGGCCCGGCGGCGACGAGGAUAGUAGUACACGACGCCGUGAUAGGGACCGCGAUAGGGAACGCGACAGAGAAAGAGAAAGAGACGACAAGCGCACCCGCCGCACAAGCAGAGACCGCUCGCGCGAAAGCCACACGUCCCGCUCCCAUCGGCGUGAUCGCGAGCGUGACAGAGAUAGGGAUAGAGAGAGAGACCGUACGCGCUCGCGCAGCCGUCGUCGCGAUCGUGAUCGUGAGCGUUCCCCCGAUCCCCGCGCCAGACACCGCUCGCGCUCCCGCUCCCCGGAUGGAAUCGAUAGAUAUGUACCCACUGGUGCUGAGACGAGUACUACCACGGCGGCGGUUGUUUCGCCUACUAAAUCCCAAGCACAAGGUAAACCUAAGCGCGAAGAUAGCAGGGAUAGAGUGCGUAAACGCGAUGAUAGCCGCGAUAGAGAUAGGGAUAGGGAGCGGAACAGGGGGUAUAGAUCGCGCGAGUAUGAUCGCUGGGAUGGCGGGAGGGCGAGGGGUGGGAAUCGGUUUGCGGAGAGUGAUCGGUAUGCACCUGCUGGUGGGGGUGGGGGGAAGGAGGACAGGGAGAGGGAGAGGGAGAGGGAGAGGAGUAGGACGAGGAGUAGGAGUAGGAGUAGAGAUAGGAGACGGAGGAGGUGAGGUGAAAUUGGCAAGACGAGAUAAAGUGAGGAUAGGGUAGGGAUACAGAAUUACCAAGAUACUAGAACAACAUCCCUUAUCCAUCCAACAAGCAAAACAAAAAGGGU